CUCCAUCAUUCACUUCAACUGGUUAAGCAAUUCACUCUCUCAAUUUAUCAAAUUCUGAAUCUCUCUCUCUCUCUCGCAUCUCAUUCUCUCUGAAACUACCUGACUGCCACUAAAACCAUUUGUCCAUUUUCACACAUAUAUAAAAGCAACUGAAAACGAAAGUAGUUGUAUGAUUACCACAGUUUAGAUUUUCUGGAUUUGAGCUUGAAAAUUUUCAGUUUGUUUCUUUCUUGUAACUAGCUUUGAAACCAAGACUACUUGAGUGAAAUUGUUUACUACUACGUACAACAAGUGUAGAACUAGCUUGUUCGUUUGUUUGUUUUUGGUUGCCAGAAUCACUUUGACCAAAAAAAUUAAAAAUCUCUUGACACAGAAGUUGCGUUUAGAAAGCAUCAGUGAAUGGCACUAAACAAGCGAGCAUCGUCAUGCAAUGAGGGAAAUGAUGAGAGAGACCUUCAAGUCUCUCUUUGUAAACGAAAAGCAGUGCCAGACACCCGCACUGCUUCCGGUAUUAGUUCCACCAAUGACAUGGCGUUCCUCCGGGAAUCUAAAUUUAAGAGAGUGUUAGAACAGGUUAUUCCAUCAAUGCUAGAACAGGCAAUUCCGCCUAUGUUAGAAAAGGUGAUUCCGCCUAUGCUAGAACAGAUGAUUCCACCUAUGCUGCACCGUUCGCUAUCUUCCCCAUGUCAUGGAUUUUUGGUCAAGCGGAAGAUUAGUCCAGCAGCAGGUGGAGGCAGAUCAUUGCAGUUAUGUCUGAUGAAAGGGUUGCCUUCAACCAUUUUCACACACAUCAACAUCAGAGCGGAGGACAGUUCCACGCUCCAAGUUGCGGUGUGCGAUGCCACAGUUCAGCACUCCAAGGUCACCAUGGGAGAUGGUCCCUCCUUGAAGGUCCAGCUAUGCGUCCUGAGGGGUGACUUUGAAAUUGAGGAUUGGACUGCUGAGGAAUUCAAUAGCAACAUAGAAAGUCAAAGAGAAGGAAAAGGACCAUUGCUCAAGGGAGACACGGUUAUUACCAUUGAAAAUGGAGUUGGCUUUUUCAAGAAUGUUGAGUUUACUGAUAACUCUUGCUGGACCAGAAGUGGCAAGUUCCGGAUUGGAGUUAGAGUACUGCAUUCGAAUUCUCCCGCUGUAGCAGACAUCAAAGAAGGAAGAAGUGAGCCUAUAAGGGUGAAGGAUAAGCGAGGAGUCGCAAAUCAGAAACCGGAUCGUCCUUCAUUAGAUGACAAGGUGAGUUGUCUGCAUAAGAUCUCGAAAUAUGGUCAGAUCUGCAGGCAGUUGUCAGACGACGGAAUUAAAACUGUCAAGGAUCUGUUGCGCCGGCACACAACUGACCAAGCUUCACUAAGACAGAUUGCGGGGAAGUAUUGGGAGAAGAUUAUUGAGCAUGCUAAGUCUUGUGAGAUAGAUAAAAAUGAGCGCUACAUCUACCAGUAUUUCACAAGAACAGCAGAGCAACCAAAAGCAAUAUCCCUGCUCUUAAAUUGCAUCUAUGAGCCUGUGGCUAUUUCAUAUGAUGGCCAAAAUUUUUGCAGUGUAGAGUGUUUGGAUGCGGAAGGCAAGCGUUGCGUGGAAACAAUAAAGCAGGAUGCAUACAAGAACCUGAAUGAUUUGAAACCAUUUGAAGCAAGUUCGAGGAACACCGGUGUUGUAGGGGAAGGGCAAGGACAUAUGGUUCAACCAUGGGCAAUCGGUGGAGGCGAACAAGUAGGGUGUUCCAGUAAACAACUGCUAUAUGAGGCCAAAUGGGAAGAGUACAUGAAUCCAUUACAGCUUGAUCAGUUUCUAAUAAAUUACCCCUUGAACUCUGAUGGAGGUGAUUAUGGGGCAAAAUCAUUCGACUAAACUCCGAAAUGCUCUUAAAUGGACCAUACUCUAUGCCGCUAAUAGGAAGGCCAACCUUCUUUCCCACGAUCACUAUUGAUUUGCUUCAUUACUUUAUUCUCUUGUAAGCUGUAACGUAAAUAAGUAAAUAACCAUCCCUGAACCUAAACCACGGUGACGGUCAUGGUGUCUUUAGCAAUUCGUCUUGUCUAGUCUAGUCAGUUUCCUGUUUAUUCUUUUAUGCGAGUGAAUGUAAUUGUAUAUCUGGUUCCCAAAUUCAAUUCAAUGUUGCUUCGCAUUUUAGAUAUACAAUUGAACGGAGAAAAUUAUAUUAUUAACA